CCUCCGCCCCCGCCGACUUCGAUUCCGCAGAGCUCUUUCAGUGCCCGGCGGAAUUGCCUAUAAAUAGAGACUCCCUUCCUCCACCUUCGUCUCAUCUCAACGCUCGACCUUGAUCCCCUUUCUUGCUCUCGUUCUUUCUCUUCGCAGGCGAAAUGGGAUACUUCAGGGAAGCUACCGGCAUCCGCGGGCCAAGCGGCUUCGGAUCCGCCUCCACUGCCGAGCAGGUCACCGAAGGCAUCGACGCAUCCGGCCUCACCGUCAUCAUCACCGGGGGAAGCAGUGGAAUCGGAGCGGAGACUGCAAGAGUGAUGGCUCUUAGAGGUGCUCAUGUUAUCAUUGGUGCUAGGAACACGGAGACUGCCAAUAGUGUGAAGCAGAGUAUUCUACAGAGCACUCCAUCUGCCAGAAUUGACAUCAUACCGCUUGAACUAAGCUCACAGAAGUCUGUACGAGACUUUGCUGACAAAUUUCUUUCGAUGAAUGUACCUCUCAAUGUCUUGAUAAACAAUGCCGGUGUUAUGUACUGUCCUUUCAAGCUUUCAGAGGAUGGUAUAGAGAUGCAGUUUGCCACGAAUCAUGUGGGUCACUUUUUGUUGACAAAUCUCCUGCUUCCGAAAAUUAAAAGCACAGCGGAUAAAACUGGGAUCGAAGGUCGUGUAGUGAACUUAUCUUCUGCAGCUCACCUCACGACAUACAGAGGAGGAAUAAGAUUCAACAAGAUCAGCGACAAGGCUGCAUACAAUGAUAAGUUGGCGUACGGGCAGUCCAAAUUGGCAAACAUAUUGCACGCUAAUGAGCUUGCUAGGCGCUUGAAGGAAGAGGGUGCGAAUGUCACGGCAAAUUCUGUUCAUCCUGGUCUUAUUAAGACAAACUUGGGAAGACACUCAACCAUCUUUGUCGCCGUGCUAAGGGCUACAACUUGUGUCUUGUGGAAGAGUAUACCUCAGGGAGCAGCAACUACAUGCUACGUUGCAUUGCAUCCGAGCAUGAAGGGGAUCAGUGGGAAAUACUUCGCCGACUGCAACAUCGAACAGACAACUGCCAAUGGUCGAAAUGAAUCAUUAGCGAGAAAGCUUUGGGAGUACAGUGAGACGCUAUUUAAGCGAACUCAGGGGCAAGUAAAAUUGUGAGUCUUGUUGUGCCUUUUAUAGGUUUAAUAUAAACUUUUCAGUUCCUGCCAUUAUGUAUUUUUGGAUCGCAAUGUGUUAUGUUUUAGUUGAUACUUUUGCAACAACGGUUGUUGUGUUGGUGCUGACGCAUACCUUGUAUUGUACCACUAUGUUCAUUUUUAAUGAAGUUCUAUUAAUGAGAAUAUUUGAUUGA